CCAGUUUGUUGAACUUUCAGAUAGAUGGAUUAUGGAGGAGGAACAAGCGUCACUUGCCAAAGAAAUCAAAGCAAUCGACAAAAAGUCAAUCCACAGAAUCUGUUCAGGGCAGGUUGUUCUAACUCUUGCCACAGCAGUCAAAGAGCUGGUGGAAAACAGCAUUGAUGCAGGGGCAACCAGUGUUGAAAUAAAACUGAAGGAUUACGGAUUGGAGUCGAUUGAAGUGAGUGACAAUGGAAGCGGAGUGGAGGAGAGUAAUUUUGAGGGACUAACUCUCAAGCACCAUACAUCUAAGCUUCAGGAUUUCACAGAUCUGACCAGUGUUGCCACAUUUGGUUUCAGAGGGGAAGCUCUCAGCUCCCUUUGUGCUCUCAGCUCUCUAACAAUUACAACAAGGCAUGGUGAUACAAGUGUUGGAACAAAACUGGAAUUUAAUCACAAUGGAAAAAUAAAUACCAAGUCUCCACAACCAAGACAGAGAGGAACAACAGUACUUCUACAGAACCUGUUCUCUACUCUUCCUGUUCGACACAAGGAAUUCCAGAGGAACGUCAAAAAAGAAUUCAAUAAAUUGAUCCAGGUGCUGAACUCUUACUGCAUUAUCAGUACAGGAGUUAGAAUUACCUGCUCUAACCAAUCCAAGAAAGGAGGGUGGUCAACAGUGUUGUCAAGCAAUGGAAACCAAACAUUGAGGGAAAAUAUAGCAGAUGUUUUUGGACCAAAGCAGAUGCAGAGUCUUACAGAGUUUGUGACCUUUGACCCAAGUGAUGACAUCUUGGAUGAGUACAGUCUCAAGGUCAACAAGGACAUUGUUAACUGCUUCAGAAUAGAAGGCUAUGUUUCUAAGUGUGCCCAUGGUGUGGGGAGGAGUGCUACAGACAGACAAUUCCUCUUCAUCAACAAACGACCAUUUGAUUCAGCUAAGACAUCUCUUCUGAGGAUGUAUGAGCCUACUGUGUCCACCUAUCCUCUGACUAUGAUCACUGAUAAACUGUUCCAGAAAAAAAUAAUUCAGUCCAGUGGAACAAAAAAUCAGGUGUCAGCCCUGAGUAACCUGAAGAGAAAGUUUUCUAGUGCCUUUGCCAAGACUGAGGCACCGAGAACUGCAUCACCCUCAGCUAAAGACAGAAGUCCUGCCUCUAAACAAAGAAGGCUUGAUCACUUUGUUUUCAAAACAUCUCCUAUGAAAGACAUGAAGAAUAGUGUCCGAGACUUGGAUUCAUGGUGGAACAAAUCAGAGGAGACUGUCAUCAUACUGGAAGAGGAUGGGGAUAAGUCCACAGAUUUCCUCACAAGGGAGGUCAGUACAGAGACGAUUACAUCAGAGGGCGGAGUUAUGGGACCUGGAGGAGACUGUUCAGAUCUGAAGGUUGUGUUUCAUGAAUCAGAAAAUGUGAAUUCUGUCACCAACCAGAGCGGUGAAGAAAGAAAUUCUGCAUCUCACGAUGGAGUCUCAAACUGUCAUCUAUCUUGUUCAGUGAGGGUUAAUGACUCAAAAGGGGAAUAUGGUGAAGAUAAUCUUUUGUGUUCAAAGGGCAGUAGUCCUGCCAUUUCCAAAUCAUUAAAUGAUGAAAAUUGCAUUAAGUCUUACAUGGGCAAUUUCAAAAAUAAUAUGUGUUCAAAUGAAACAAAUCAAAAUACCACAGAGUGUUCCGAUGAUAACUCUCUGUGUUCAAAUCUUUAUUCUUCCAAUGUAAGCGAGGGUUUUGUCAAAAGUCUAUGUGAUUCCUCAAAUUAUUCUGAGGACAAUGGAUUAACUUCAGAGAGUACUUCUGGUGAUAUUAACAAGUUUUCAGACAGAGACAGUGAUGAUACCUGUAUAAAAGUAAAUCUUGUGUGUAAAUUGUCCAGUGUGUCCUCAAACCAGCCAGAAAUCUCAUCUACCGGCACAGACAACCUCCAUCUGACAGUCACAAGUCUGGAUACAAAAGAAUCUCUCUCCAGAAGAGAAACAACGGUGCCUUUCAGCUUCUUAAAGCUGAAAGAGAAAUUAAAGAAAGCUUCAAAAGAGAAGACCAGUGAUAUAGAGAGCUGUAGGAGAUUCCGCGCGGUUAUCUCCCCUACCGAGAAUCAGUCGGCAGAGGAGGAACUACAGCGGGAAAUCUCAAAAAGCAUGUUCAAAGAAAUGGACAUUCUUGGACAGUUCAACUUAGGAUUUAUCAUCGUGAAGCUGAACAACGACUUGUUUAUCGUGGAUCAGCAUGCAACAGAUGAGAAGUACAACUUUGAAAUGUUCCAGAGGCACACUGUUAUACAGAGUCAGAAGCUUAUACAGCCUCAGAACCUGGAGUUGACGGCCAGCAAUGAAACCAUUCUGAUUGACAGUCUGGAGGUCUUCAAGAAAAACGGAUUUGACUUCAUCAUUGAUGAAUCUGCUCCUCCGAUGCAGAGAGUAAAACUGACAUCAAUCCCGGUGAGUAGGAACUGGACAUUUGGCAAGGAAGACAUUGAAGAACUCAUCUUUAUGCUUUCUGACUGUCCUAAUGUUAUGUGUCGACCAUCAAGGGUCCGCCAAAUGUUUGCAUCCAGAGCUUGUAGAAAAUCUAUCAUGAUUGGCACUGCUUUAAAGAAAUCAGAAAUGAAGAGGCUUGUAUGUCAUAUGGGAGAAAUAGAUCAGCCUUGGAAUUGUCCUCAUGGCAGACCAACAAUGCGGCAUCUUAUCAACCUGUUAAUGGUUCCAAGAUAACAACAAAGACAGUCUGAAGACCGUGUUAAAAAACAAACAAUAGACAAGACUUGCCAGCGGCUUCCUAUGAGAGUUGCAACAAAGAAAAGUGAACUUUUAUAUUAGCAUGUUAUUAGUAUAACUGUAGAAAAAAUAAAUAAAACAGACACUGAUUACUACUGAUUACAUUUUCUGCCGUCCUGUUUUAUGUUUAAUUGAAAAUGAAUAUAAAGUAAAUUGUGAAGGUAAUGACAAUAGGCCUAUUGUGGUAAACUCUUUUCGGGGCUCUAGAGGAUGCUUCAUGUUUUCAAGGGAAUUUUUUCUGGAGUUGUCCUUGGAAUUCCAUUUAAUUCAACAUUGCAGUGUUUUGGAGGCAUCUCAUGCCCCUUUAUGCUUAUCCUUUAUGCUUCUCAAAUAAUAUGCAAGAUUUGAAUUGAUAUUAAAGAGAAGCUUUUAAUAAAGAAUUUUAGCUCACCUGCACCUAAGACUCA